UGCAUUGGGGGUAGAGUGGGAUGGGAGCGAUGACGUCAUGGCUUAUGACAUGCAGAUGCAUUCAAAAAGUAGAACUACAAAAGACAUUAUACAGAAGUCACUAAGAAUAGUUAGAUACGAUUUUUCUAGACGAUUAUGAAGUUUAAGACUCGUCGGAGAACGUAUAGCUGGCUGGAAGAUGUCUAGUGUGAAGAGAAAGAGUGAAAAGUUUAUUAUUGCGCGGAUCUUCUUGGAUAGCGCGGCAAACGAGCUACAACCAAGGGAACUUGGUAACGUAUACGGAUCGUUGUGAAGUCAGGAAGUAUUGGAGGAAUGUCCGUAACAGAAUCAUAACAAGAUAGACUCUUCCAGCAAUUGAAAUAUAAACAUCAUGACUGAAAGUAAGGUUUCUUCUUCAAGAGAGUUCUCUCCGCGAGCAAAAAAAGCUUCGAUUACAGAAAAUGGAACUCCUCUUCGAAGAGAUGUCGUUAAUGCAGACGACAUUAUCUCGUUCGAAUUUGAAGAUUGCACGGGAAAUUUUGGAGUUGUACUCGAAAAUAAAGCUUCUGGCAGCCCAAGUCGUGCAAGAAGUGCUUUGGGAAAUAUCAGAAUCGCGGAUUUAUUGUCGGGUAGCAGAGCUAAAGACGAUGGAAAGCUAUCAGUUGGAGAUCGGGUGUUGGAAAUUAAUGGACACGAUUUAUCAAAGGCUAGUCUUGAACGAGCAAGGUGGUACUUGGGUAGUGCUUUACGAAGUGGCAAAUUAAAAAUAAAAGUCGUCCGGAACCUAACGGAAAGCAAUAUUCCACCGAUAGCUAAUGGGAUUGCAACAGUUGCACUUGAAAGAAUUCCUGAUGCUUCAAAACCGAAAAAUAUGGUCAAAAAGAUUCACAUCCUUAAAGACAGCCGUGGACUUGGAGUUCAAAUAUCAAUGAAGUUGAACCGUGUUACAGGAGAGAAAGGUGUUUUUGUGUCUGAUGUCAGCCCUGGAGGAGCUGCAGCAAGGGAUGGUCGCCUUAAGGAUGGUGAUGAACUUUUGUGGAUCAAUGGUCAUAGCCUAAUAGGUGUCACACAACAGGAGGCUGUUGACUUGCUGAGAGCAUCACCAAAGCUUAUACAACUAGUUAUUUCCACGCAGGGUAGUGAAUCUCCUGCAGAGAGGAAAACCCCAUUGAGAGGUAGAUCAGAGUCACAGGAAAAUGUGCAGAGAAAAGCUAUGAAACAGGGAACAAGAAGUCUUCCCCGUGCUGCAUCUGCAGACAAUGUGUUAAAUACAAGUUACAAAGGCAGAAGCAAGACUUUGGAUCACACCAAAAAGAAAAUUUCUCUAACCGAUAAACAUGUAGAAGAAGCAACUACAAGGUUGAACCACUCUGAUGUACAAGAACCAAUAGAAAAUGGUCAUUCUAGAACAACUGAUCACAGAUUGGAGAAGAAUAACAAUCACAAUAAACAAACUGACUUUAUGGAGAGGUCAUUCAAGGUACAAAAUGGUUUUCCUGUGGAUGGAAGCAUAUCAAGUUUGACUAAUGGUAGGCAUCGGUCCUCAAGUAGUUCAUCUUUGAGUUCAGAUGGGACAUCAAAGUCAAACUCUGGGGAUAUUUUGUUAUCAAAAGAAGAUGAAAGUCUAGAUUGUGAGCCAGUGACUUUAGAAGAUAAACCCCUAACAAAAGGCUCAACAACAAAUACAUCACCUCGUAAGACUUCAUUGUCCCCAGUUAUCGAUGCUACAGGGAAAAGAAAUUCACCAAAUGUUUUGUCGAACACAUCAAAAGAAAAGCCACCCAACAGCAGAACAAGUUUGGAACCUGGUCAAAUCUCACCUUCCCUUCCAAGGCCUCAGUCUCCAGGAGGCAUGGGAAUUGUCUUCCCUGCACGCUAUCUUGGGAAGCCCCCUUCUAAUGUUAUGACGAUAGCUUCACCAACACCUCUGAAUUUUGUUGGAAGUAAUGAACGAGACUCGCCACAAGCUAAAAGAAAAGGAAGUUAUGAGAACACUCUGAGGAGGGCUAGUAAAGGAAUGGACGAGGAAAUUGUGACCAUAGUCUUGGUCAAAGGAAUGAGCGGAAAAGGUCUUGGCUUUACUAUUGUUGGAGGAAAAGGCUCACCUCAUGGUGAUAUGGCUGUGUAUGUCAAGAAUAUUCUUCCUGGCGGUGCAGCAGAAGCGGAUGGCAGAAUGAAACGAGGAGAUGAGGUGCUGUCAGUAAAUGGGACAGCUUUUCAAGGCUUCACGCAUCAAGAAGCGCUGGACACCUUUAAGAAUCUUCGCAGAGGAAUUGUGACCUUGAAAGUAAAAAGAAACAGCCCUGGAGCUCCAAGUUUGUCAGCGUUCACUACACCUCAGAGCUCACCGGGAAGCUCACGUCAUAACAGCAAAGAUGUAACGGCUGAAUCUUCUAGCUCGAGUAAUUCUUCAUCACCAACAAUGUUUCGUAAGCUGCGUCAAAAAAGGAGCCAAAAGGAGAAAAAAACUGAAGUUGUGUUAUAUAAAGAGCCUGGGAACAGCUUGGGAAUCGGUUUAGGAGAACGCAGUCCAUCAAGCCAGCAGUUACAAGGCAUCUUUGUUCAAUGUAUUAUUGAAGGGACCCCAGCAGCUAAUGAUGGACGACUGAGGCAAGGUGACCAAAUCCUUGAAAUAAAUGAUGUGAAAUUAGAAGGUUUAACAGUGGAAAAAGUGUAUGGCAUUCUGGAUAAAGUUCCUCCAGGAAAAGUGUACAUUAAAGUCAUACAGAGCAAUGCAUCAGAGAAGAUACCUCUACAACUAAAUGAUGCACUAAGCAAACUUCAAAGUGAGCGUCAGUUAUUGGAUAAAAAGAUGUCUGGGAAAUCAAAGAGUGUUGGGACAGCAUCCACCCUCUCGGGUGCUUCAGGCAGUUCUGAUUCUUGUGACAACAUGACAAGUCUUUCCUCAUCUUUUGAUCUUCUAAUACCACUCUCUGCAGGAUCAAGCAGGAAAAAGAAGGUGAUAAUUUAUUUUUAUUGCGUUUUGUAUACAUGUUGGUUCUUUGAAUCUUUUGACCAAAGAAAACAUGAAUUUAAAACAAAUACUUAACAUCAAUUUCCUAGUUGGUCUGUGAAACCCAAAGCUGGCCAAAUAAUGGGACGAUGUAA